AGCCAGCGGAGCUCAGCAGUUCCUCGGCCCCGCCGUGAGAGGAACCGGCUGGCUGGCAAGCAGACGCGGGACUGCCGGGCAGAGGAGGAAAAGGAGGAGGCGCAGGCUGCCGCCGGCCUCCGUCCGGGUGGCUGGCUGGCUGCUGGACGAGGAAGGAAGUCCUGUUUUUGUCCUCCUCUCCCGCAGGGCACGCGGAGGCUUUUGCUCGGCCGCCAGCGUCUCUCGAGCGCGCCCGAUGACUUCCUGAACAAGCCCGGCCGAAGCCACAAGCAGCAAGCAGCCCGGCGGGCGGGCGGCGGGGAUGGGACCUCGGCGAGACGCCAGCAGCCAGGCGGGCAGCGGUGAGUUGCGCGAGGUAUUGGCUGGUACUGGUGAAGCUGGUAAAGCGAGUUUGUCUUGGGUGUGUUCUCCCGUGACAGAGAUUGGCAGGCUGAAAAGAAAUCCAGCAGCAUCCCCGCUGAGAGCCAAGGUGGAGUUAGAGACUGCUGGUCUGUUGCUGUCUGCUGCCCAUGACUCUUUGUUUUCUUCAUGCACAGCAUAACACACUGGCUGGAGGGGAAAUCCUUACCAUUGGCAGCCAGCAUCCUUCGUUGCCCUAGAAACAGUAUAGGAUACGAGGCCAUGCUGAGUGAAACGGAGUGCUCUGUUCACCCAGUGCUCCAAGAAGUCUUACCAGUAAGCUCACAACCACCUGCUGUGAUCUUUGCCCAGCCAUGGAGAGCCCAGAGGUUGAGUCAGACUUUCUCCGAAGUGUGCACGCCCUCCUUCGAGAACUUGAUGGCCACCAUCCAGCCUUCCAGAGUGAGCGAGGGAUGCUGCGAUGGACCUUGCACAAGAAAAUCGACAGGAAUCCCAGUAAUGGAGCCCUCUUGAUCAAAAUCCUGGUGAAGGAACUGGAAAGGGCAGAAAGAUGCAACUAUCGGCAAUACAUCAUCCCCUUGCUUCACACACUAAUGUACACACUGUUAAAGACCUCCUGUGUACCAGAUGAUCUGUAUGAGAGGGUCUAUGAUUUCUGUAAGAAGUUACUUACCCUGCCCAAACCUUACUGCACCAUCGGCUUAGACUAUGCUCAGCAACUGAAACUGGAACGGACAAUACCAGGAGUAUUGUACCAAAGAAUGGUCUCCGCAGAGCAAAGUCUCAAGAACGACUCAUUCCCUUAUCAAGAAAAGGUUUUCAUGUUUGUGGACCCAUAUUUGCUCUCUGAGGCUGUUUGCAGGGCACUUGUUGCUGAAAUCAAGGCUGCGCAGAAGUCACAGUGUGCCACAUCCUGCAUGGUCUAUGUGAUAGAACGUGCCUUCCCAGUACUGCUAAAGGAACACCAUCGUAUUAGGAACUUGCACGCCAUUCUUAAGGCAAUGCCCCCAGAUGUGACGGAGCACUGUUUUCAGCAAGUGGUGGCAGCCAUUGAGCAUGCAGGAAGAGAUAUGAAUGCAGAAUACAGUCAAUGUAUUGAAGAACUGGAGAAAAUCCACAGCACAUUACAGAGCACUUCUGAGAAGGGUGUAGAGCAGCCUGCAGCAGAAGGAAGCCCAGGCAUCCCUUUGCCCAACCCUAACAUAAGUUUCCACUUGUGGACCGAUGAAGAUCAGCUUUGGAAGGAACUGGUGCUGUUUAUCCGUUCACCAAGUCAGUCCUGUGAACAGGAUUCUCUGAGUGAAGAACUAGAUAGUUUUGAGUUUCAAGAUGUGAUGACGGACUAUGAGUGCUGUGAGCAGUCGCGCUUCUCCAUACUCUCCACUGACAGUGGGAUUGAACGGGACCUGCCUAUGCCGUGCGAUGAAGUCCCCCCUUCCUGCAGUGCUGAGACUGAGCGCUCUCGACUACAAAGGAAGGGCUGCAUGAAGAAGAGGGGGUCUACUCUGGAUAGCAUAGCCUUCCUACAGAGCAGCUCCAACGGGCAGGGCUCAAAGUCAGCUGGGAAACUGCAGCGGAAAUCUGGUGGUAGUAUCAUGGAGCCCAUGGCUCCAAUGAAGAGACUGCACACUGCUCGUGUCUUGGUGCUGGGCGAUGACAGAGUUUUGGGGCGCCUCGCCCAGGCCUAUUACUCUUUGAGGAAACGGGAGAGCAGACGUACAAUUCUUACACCAAGACUCAAAGUGCAGUUUUACUAUGUGCCCAUUGUGGAAGAACAAUUCAUCUCUUGCCCCACGGAGGAAUAUGCUCUGCCCGACCAAACAGAGCCUUGUGAGUUAGGUGCUUAUCUUGGAAGAGCUGACCCAUGGUACGAGAGCAACAUUAACACCCUGUGUCAUAUGAUUCCGAAGCUGGCCACCAUGCCCUCUUCUCCAAGCAAAACAGCAGUCUCUGAUCUGUUCAUUGUCGAUGUGAUUGCUUACUAUGUGCGACUGGGCUUGCAUCCAAUCUUCUUCCAAGUCUAUGCCGUGAAGCUUCUCUUCAGUAAUGCUGCUGUGGAACCAGUUGAGGACAUUUUCCUCAUUGAGUUGAGUGCUACCCUUGAAGAAUGCAACCCCUCCAAAGACAAUCUACUUAUGAAAAAGAAACCAGUGAUGGAAGUUCCCGGUGCAGAUUUUACCUUCGUAUAUAAAAAGGUUUUGCUGAGUAACCGUGAGAAGGAGGAGACGGUGUCUUUGCGAUCCACAGGCCUGGUGAUGAAAGCCAUUCCCUCUAAUCAGACUGAAGAUCUGGUGCGCUUGAAUGUGAAUGUUGCUGAAGUCAUAAAAACCUCCAACCUCGCAGGACGGUCAUAUUCUGUAGUGACAAACAAGAUUGAAACACGCCACAUCAAUAUCAAAAGCACAGAACAGCGGUCCUUCACUGUGUGCCUGGACAAGGACUCCAGACGAGUCUACAAGAAUGUGAUCAGUGUUGAAGUUUUUCCAUGCCUAGAACCUAGCUACUGCCUGCAAAAGACAAGGACCAGGCGGAACAGCUUCCAGGAAGAGGAAGAUGUAGGACUGGCCAAAUACUUACCCAAGUCUUUAUUGCUACCCAUCAACACUUUUGCAGGCAUUAUUCAAUGAGAAAGGUGGCUGUAACAGCUACUGAAAUCUUUUGUGGGGUGUCCUUAGGGAAUAUGGCUGGGGAAGCAACACGAAGGGCUCCAGGUGACGAGGAAAGGCAAGGGAACCUAGUCAGAACAGUCCCUCAGGUCUGCCAGGGAAAACAGAGUCCAGUCUAAUAUAGAGAAACUGUGGGUUCGGUAACCAUGACAGAUACACUGGGGAGCAGGUACAGGAGGAAAUAACAAGGCAUAAGAAUGUCACGUUUCUAUGCCACACACAUACAACCAGAAAACCAUAAAGACCAGAACAUUUCCUGGGUAUUUUCCUCUUAGACCAGGGAAGAAUAAGCUUGUUUUACCUUUUGCUCAGCAAGUGAAAUGGUAAUAACUAAUGUUAAAUGAAUGUAUAUUCAAAAUGAUCCUUCAGGGACAAGAUGGCAGCUCUGUUGAGUCGAGCACUGCCCAAACAUUCUAAAAAUACUGUUUUGUAGAACCACCACAGGCAAGUGAACAACUCUCAUGAAAGCAUUUUUACUAUGAACUUGAACACAGGUGGCCAACCUCCAGCACAGAUGGCAUCAACGAAGGAGUUUGUACUCCUGUAGAGGAGCAGGAAGGCUGAUGGACCUGGCUAUGGCACAGAGCUAGGCUCCUGCCUGACUCUCCUACGUUGCUCAUGAUACUUGAUGUAGAGGCUACCACAAAGCACAGGAAGUGGCUUAAUAUGCAUUGCAGUAUGCACUAAAUUGGUACUGCCUCAUGUUUUAGGACUGAUGCAGCAUGCUUUUCAAAUAGGUGAGCCACUGAAGUAGAGACUAAUACCUACCACGAGUUGUCUCUUCUGUACUACUCCUCUAGUUUCUAAACUGGAAUUUGCUAAAAAGUAAGCCAACUUGAAAUGGAGGCCAUGCUGUGGAAACGGCUAAUUCACAUGAGCCCUUUAGUUUUAGUCUGGCAUCCUGAGUAGAACAACCCUGUUUCACAGUGACUGUGCACCAUGGGCAACUUCUCCAUGAAGCAAUGGCCUCAGGUGGCGCUUUGCGGGGUAGCAGAAUGCACUGCCACUGCCCCUCUGUGGAAUCCUGCCAGGCCGUCACCUGCCUUUGUGUGCUUCUGGCAGCCCUCCCUCCCACUCACCUCCCACGACCAGGUGCAGACAAAGCAGGCAGGCUUACUGUUGGAGGGAAAGGGAGACAACAAGAGAGAACACACAUAUGCAGUGAGGGGUGACUUCUCCUUUCUGACAACCUAGCAAUGUAAUGGCAAUUGGAACCAGUCAGUGCUCACUCUGUCUGUGUCUCCAGACUCAUUUGUUGCUGGAGGGAAGGGGAGAGAGUGGGGGAGAGAGAGAGCACUCCUGCUGCCGCCUCAGUAGUGCACCAGCAGUGGAGAGGCCAAACAGCCACACUCCCUGAUGCCUCCUGCUGGGUGCACAGCGCAAACAUCUAGCAUCGGUGACAGUGACGUGGCCCAGCACCUGAGCCAGCAGCACCUGGGGAUGGAGGGCGGGGCCAGAAAGGGGGUGGGUCGGUGUCAGCACUGGCUGUCACUCAGCCUUGGAGUGGCAGGGCAGCUUGUUGCCAUUUGCCUCUAGCAGCAAAUGGCAAUGAGCCAGCCCUCUUGUGCACACGAACAGGAUCUUCAUUGGCUGGUCCUUGGUCUGUUUGGUUAGCUGACUGUAUUAUUUAUGCUUCUCAGAAAUAUAUUCUUGUAAGUCAAAGUCUGGACUCUCUGCUCCACAGCAGAAACCAACAUAAAGCACAGUAGGCUUAGUAGAAGAAUACCUGGAAUUAUAACCACAAAUCAGUAAUCUCUCAGCCAUGAUGUAGCAGUUUCCUGCACUACAUAAGAUUCUUCCCUCACACAUCAAGUAGACUGAAUGAAUAUCAGGUUUGACCAGAUGUUCUUGAUCGACACAAAUCAGGAAUCUGCUAUAACUAUGCUUAGGCUUCAAUUCAUUCAAGAGAUUACUGAGGCCAUAUAAUUAGCAAUAUAAGGUACUUUCUUCAUUCCCAAUGGUGCGUUCUGAACACACCAUAAGGUGUGAGAAAUGCUGUUUAGAAGAAAAUAAACUUUUCAUGUCUGAAAGACACAUGCUAGAACAGCUCUGACUUACUAUAACCUCUUUGUUCAGGCAUGCUUAUAUGCCUUAUUGCACAGUGCUCUGCACCCUCGUGAACUUAUUGCAAAGAGCCAGUCCACCUGAUAGCACACUGCUCCAUUUGCAAAAUAGGAGGUGAUAGUUUUGCCUUUAGUGAAGAAGGUAUCAUUUCUCCUGUGUUCUGCAGUUUGCACCAUAAUCUCAAAUGUUGCAAGGAAUUGCCAUAUGUUAACUUGGUGGGUUUUCCUAGCACCCUGUUACCAAUGUUUCUGUGGUUGUCAUCCGGCUUUGUGACACAUCAAAAGAUGACAAAGGCUUAUUGUGACAUAAGCUUUUGUGGGUAUCUCCCUAUUUCAUCAGAUGUCUGUUGUAUUCGUAUUUAUGUUUUGCACUCUGCAAAAUCAGGGGACUUUUAUAUUCCCUUUAUCUUUGGUUCUCACCUUGUUUACUUGCUUUAUACUUUCUGAUAUACCUCAAGUCAAUAUGCAUUUAUAAUCCUACCAUUUUGUGCACCUAAUAUAAUAGCUUGUUGCCUUGCCAAGCUCUUGUCACAAUACACUGGUUAGUCUUCAAGGCUGCAUGGGACUUCAUCAACUUGCUGCUACAGACUAACAUCUUAGUAUUCUGAAAUUUAGCACAAACAACUCCUUAAUAAUAUUUGAGGAAUUUCCAGUACUCAGCAAGCCACAACCCACAAGUAUCAAACAUAGGAUAUUCUUGGAUCAACACACAGUAGGAAGUUUUGCAUAGGAGGGUAUUCAGAUUUCUCAGCAGAAAUACAUUGUCCUACUUCAGUUGUCUUAUGCUUGAGUGUGAAUAAUUGACAAAGAGGGCCACGAGGCUUAUUGUAAGGGAGGGAGUCACACUGAGGACAGAGAUAUGCUGGAAUGUAUAAAGAUGGACAAGUGUACUACGGCAAGAACGGAGGAUCAUAAAAAUUAAGAUCAAAUGAGGCCUUAUAGAAGCACAGAUAGUAUGGAACCAAUCCAACUAUGUAGGUCAGUGGAAGGUGGGCU